AUGGUAUUAUACGCGUUUAUCGAGUACUUCUUUGUGAAUUCGAUUAAUAAUGUGGUGAAAGAAGUGGAAUCAAAUGUGAAGGGCGUCAAGGAUUUUGAACUAGUGAAAACUUUGUAUGCUCACAGUAGUGCCGUGCGUGCAUUAGCUCUUUCUGGUGGUUUUGCUGUAGCAGCGAGUGGUUGCGAUGAGGGCAAAGUGUGCAUAUGGGAUCUGAAUCGUAUGGCCUAUGUUCGAACACUUGUUUCGCCGAGCAAUGGCUCCUCGGAGACACAACUCAUUUGCAUAAGCCGCACAAGUUGUGAUGUGGCCGUUGUAACACGCUCAGGUUAUGGUAGCCGCGUCACGCUCUAUACAAUUAAUGGCUUGAAAGUGGGCCACAUCGAAACAGAUAUUGCUAUCACAGCA